AGAUUGGACUGCUGGAGGCUGGUACCUGGCUUCGUUUGUUUGAUCUCUUUUAGGUUCAAAAUAGAGGGGACAAAAAUACAAACAUCUGGUAGCUUUGCGUAAUUUUUUUUGUUUGGGUGAAAGAGAUACUGGGAUGCGGAGGACGUCUCCAUUGCUCGCCUCUUCACCUGUCUCUUCUUCAGCGAGAGAUGCCGCUGCCUUUCGAACUGAGCGCCGUGUCAUCCUUCCACCAUCUUCUAGAAGGAAUGCUGCAUCAUCUUCUCCUGAAACCGCCCCCAAUAAAAACAUCCGGGGUGGAAACCGGCGUUUCCACCGGUCGGAAAGCCUGGUGAUCGAACGAUGUCGAUCGGAGGCUCUUACAAUCGAAGAUGCGAUCGAUCUGUUUGACACUGCAGCGAGUGCGAGCCCGAAAUCCUCCAUCUAUGUCAUCAACGCCCUUCUUAACGCCAUCCUUCGAAUGAAGCAUUACCCAACUGUUCUCUCUCUAUAUAGCAAACUAAAUCAAAUGCAAGGAAUCCCGCCCAACAUCCACACAUACGGAGUCCUUAUCAACUGCUGCUGUCGCAUGAAUUGGGUGGAUUUGGGCUUCGGCGUCUUCGGGGACCUCCUGAAACGUGGCCAUGUCCCCACCGCCGUAAUCUUCAACUCGCUUGUCAAUGGCCUUUGCUCCGAAAAGAGGGUAAGCGAAGCAGCCAUGAUGUUCGAUAGAAUGUCUCUGAUGGGAUGCCAACCUGAUGUGUUCUCAUACAACACUCUCAUCAAGGGGCUGUGCAGUACUGGGAGCAUGGGCUUAGCACUGGAGCUGCACCAGAAAAUGGCCACCUUGGGAGGUUGUUGCAAGCCCGAUGUGGUUACAUAUAACACAAUUAUCGAUUACCUUUGCAAAGAGGGAGCUGUAAGCAAGGCUCUUAAACUGAUCGAUGAAAUGACUCAUGAUGGUGUUGCCCCAAAUGUUUGCACUUACAACAGCAUCAUUCAUGGGCAUUCGACUUUAGGCCAGUGGAAAGAGGCUGUCACUAUUUUCAAGGAAAUGGUCGAUCGAGGCCUUUCACCAGAUGUGGUGACAUUCAGCAUACUUAUGGAUCUACUUUGCAAGCAUGAGAAGACCACAGAAGCCCAUAAACUACUUGACUUGAUGAAUGAAAAAGGUGAAAAGCCUGACAUCAUCUCAUAUAAUACAUUGAUGCAAGGAUAUUGUCAGGAGAGCCGUCUUGUAGAUGCAAGGAAAGUCUUUGAUUCCAUGUCAGAUAAAGGUCUUGCACCUAAUUGUCAUACAUACUCUACCUUGAUUAAUGGAUUCAUCAAGAAUCAAAAAAUGGAUGAGGCUGUGGAGCUAUUCAACCAAAUGCAACAACAAGGAGUGAAGCCCGAUGUUGUUACCUAUAGUAUUUUGCUAGAUGGACUAUGCCACCUUGGAAGAGUGCAGGAUGUUAGAUGCCUCCUUGAUGAGAUGGCAAGUCAUGGAAUCCAUCCAGAUGUUGUCACCUACAGCUCUAUGAUAUGUGGUUUUGGUAGACUUGGGAAGUGGAAUGAAGCUUUUCAGUCGCUUAACGAAAUGAUAGAGCGGGGAAUCCGUCCUAACAUUGUGGCACUCAAUUUAUUGAUAGAUUUCAUUUGUAAAGAAGGAAAGGUUCAAGAGGCACAUAGAUUAUUGGAAAAGAUGAUUCAUGGGGGUAUGGAGCCUGAUGUUGUUACUUAUAGUACGCUAAUGGAUGGUUACUGUAUGGUAGGGCGAAUGAAUGAUGCAGUGAGAGUUUAUGAUUUGAUGGUUUCAAAAGGCCAUAAGCCCAAUGUUGUGACAUACAAUAUAUUAAUUGAUGGAUAUUGCAAAAGGCGUAGGAUUGAUAAGGCUUUGAGCCUCUUUAAUGCAAUGCCUCGUAAUGGAGUGCAGCAUACAACAGUUGUAUACAACACCAUAUUAGCUGGAAUGUAUCGAGCAGGUAGGGUUGCUGAUGCAGAAAAAUUGUUUGACAAGAUGCUUGCUGCUGGGGUAUGGCCAAACCUUCGCACAUAUAACACAAUCUUGUAUGAGCUUUGCAAAAACCAAUGUAUUGAUGAAGCUAUGAAGCUAUUUCAAGAUACAUUGUCUUCCACUGUUAGCCUCAACAUCGACUCUUUCAGUAUCUUAAUUGAUGGUUUGUUCAAAGCUGGUAAGGUUGAAGCAGCCAAAAAUCUCUUCAAUGCUAUUCCUACCAAAGAUUUGAAGCCGGAUGUUGUUACAUAUAGCAUAAUGGUGAAUGGCCUUAUUAGAGAAGGGCUGUUUGAUGAGGCUGAUGACUUGCUUUUGCAAAUGGAGAAAUCUGAUUGCUCUCCAGAUUCCAACAUGUUCAAUGCCAUUGUCCGGAGCUUGCUUCAGAAAGAUGAGAUCAUGAAAGCUAUAGAUUUUCUUUAUAAAAUGGAUGAGAGACGCUAUCCUCUUGCAUCGUCAACUGCAUCUCAUAUAUUAGUUUCGUUCUCAAAGGAUGGAAAAUAUCAUGAAUAUCUGAAGUUGCUUCCGAAUUUCUCUCAGCAUCAUGUCAAGUGAUAAGGUUGAUAUUAAAUCAUGAACAGAGGUUUAUGAAUGCUUAUAUCACAACUGCACCUUUCAAUCAAUUCAUCAAAUUUUUGUAUGACAUGUUUCUUUCUCUGUCAUGAUGAAUUGAGAAGACUAUCCACUAAGUGGAAACUUAACCUCCAAAUGUCAGAUCAAUAUCUCAUGGGAAGUUGAAUCAGAGUUUUGGAUAUCAAUGGGUCUGCUGUGGUGCUGGGGUUGAUGAACCGAUGAAGGUCAUGGUGAUGGAGAUCAAUGGCCACCUCAGGAAACUACCUUCUCUUUGCCUUCAUGACUUUCUGAUGACUACAGGUCAGUAGGGGUCCCUGAUAUCAGAGGGAGGUUAUGCAUGCUUUAGAGCAGCAGAAAGGAUGAGUUGUCCUAAGCAUAUAAUGCCAGAGUUCUAUUCGGUGAGAUGCACAAUUUCUGGAUGAUGCUUUUAGUCAUGGAUUGCGAAUCAGCAGUAUAUCUAAUGUGACAAUGUAAUGGUGAUGUUGAUCUAAGACUCACAGCAGACAGCACAACCUUUGAUGUUUGGCUUGUAGGCAUCUUAACUAUUACAGGAACGAAAUGGGCCAGUAGAUGAGUACUCUUACAGGAAUGAAAUGGGCCAGUGGUCAAGUGAUUAAUUUUUUUUUGGCAUGAUUUAUAGAUUUUUAGUUUGUUGAUUCAAAUUCUGCUGCAAAGACUGCUUAGACUGCACUUUAUGUUUUUGUUCUUGUGCAUUUUACCAUUACUGCUUCAAAGGGUGGAAGAGACGUUGAUCCAAGAUAAUAUGGAAUUUCUCAUCAAUGACUCCAGCUAUUUACAUUUUUACUUGUAAAUGACUAAGGAUAAUGCUUUAGCUUCUUUUUUGCUUUUGUCUUUUCAGAAUGUAGCAUAUGGCAAUAUUAGUGGGGCUUAUGCACACAGAGUCUGUAAAACAAAAGGCAGGCUCCAAUGCAUUAUUUUUCUUCCCUGUUUUUUUCCAUGUAGCCAUAGAAGGCCUAAAGUGCAUAAGAAAACUUGUUUGACA